AUGGAAACAUUAAGUAGAAUUAGUAGUGGGAUAGGGAAUCAUUUAUAUGCUGAUGAGUGCACAACUGCUAUUGAAAGGAUAUCCUAUGCAAGGGUGUUAGUGGAAAUGGACAUCACAAGGCCAUUACCAAACACUGUACAAGUCCAGGAUCCCAAUGGGAAAAUUUUCGACCAAGCUGUGCUGUAUGACUGGAAGCCAAUACCAAAACCACCUGCAAAGCCUGUUCCUAAUGAGCCAAAGGCAACAAAGGAGACUGAUCAAGGAGCUAGGUCUAGAAAUGUGCAAGCUCACCAGACUGGCCCUCACAAAGUGGUCGUUAAUGUCACACCCCCACCAUCUGGGGUGGACUGGCAAUCAAUGACACAAAAGACAACUGCUAGAGGUAAUAUGUUUCCCUCUACUGAUACUGCUUAUGGUUCAGUGAGUGAUACAAUAGAAAAGAGCAAUAUGAAUAAUGUAGCUUCCACCUCUCAGAGUGAAAUGACACAACUGAGUAGUGCAGUGAUUGAACUGGAGCCUAAACCCCCCAAUGCUGAUAAUUAUAAUUCCAAUGAGCAAGGUAGAAUUUGGCUGUUGUGGAAUCCUACCAGAGUAUCAGUAAGGGUGAUUCAAAGUCAUGAACAGUUUAUUCACAGCUUGGUGGUUAUUGGGAACACUCAGUUCCUAUUAACUGCUAUUCAUGGGUUGCAUACUAUCAUUACUAGGAGAACACUAUGGGCUGCACUAGAAAGGAUCCAUACCGGGGUUCAAGACUCCGGGAUACUGAUGGGUAAUUAUAAUGCUAUUACAGAGAUUGAUAAUAUGUUAAAUGGUGCAGAGGUUCAGGACUGUGAAGUUAGAAAUUUUAGACAGUUUAUUCAAGACACUAGCCUCCAUCAGUUAAACACAGCUGGGAGAGAAUUUACAUGGUCCAAUGGUACUGUUUAUAGUAGAAUUAACAGAGCCCUAGUCAACUCAACUUGGAUGCUGAACAUGUCUACAACUAGUGUGACUGCACUGGAACCUUUGUUUUCUCAUCAUUCCCCACUCUGUCUAUCCAUUGUAGAACAAAGAAGGGAUCCUCAUAGACCCUUUAAAUUCUAUAAUUAUAUGGUUGAGCAUCAGGGUUUUAAACAGGCUGUAAGUAAGUGCUGGUCCAGACAUAUCCAUUACCCCUCCCUUAAACAAGUAUGGCUGAAACUUAUGCAUGUCAAGUAUGGGAUGAAGAAGCUGAGAAAGACAGAAUUCCAAGGGAUAGUGGAGAAAAUAGAUAUAACAAGACAGAAGCUGACUAUUAUACAAAAUCUUAUAGCAUAUGGGCACCAUCAAGAGCCGGUACCAGAAGAAAAGUUGUUAAGAAGUGAAUUUGAGAAAUGGACAACUAUUGAAGAGAGUAUUUGGAGGCAAAAGUCAAGAGUUCAUUGGUUAAAACUGGUGACUCAAACUCAAGGUUCUUCUUUGCAAGUAUGA